GGAACAUAGUCAUGUAUUUCGUAAUCCUAGAUUUCGUCAACAGUCACGUAAUGAACAAUAUACCUCUUAUCGCUUCUAUUAUUCCCUUUUGACGACGCGUUUCUUCUUUUCUCUGAGAUGCCUGAGUUUUUCUGUGGCCCAUGCAAUAUCCAACUCAAUUCCAAAUUCCAAUGGGAUCAACAUUUAACCGGAGGAAAACAUAUGCGAGCUGCUGCCCUUAAGCAGCCUCAAACCGUUGAUUUGUCAGCAGCAAUUGCCUUGCCUGAUGGCAAUUACAGAUGUAAAAUCUGCAAUGAUUUUGUGGGCUCUGGACGCAUUCCUUUUGAGCAGCAUGUAAUAGGUCAGAAGCAUAUGAAAAAUGUUCAGAGAGCUACAGAAUCACCUAUCCAGUCUCCUUCAAGCUCUCCUCUAAAGGCAUCUCCAUUGCCAAGCACACCAAUAUUGAAAAGUGUUUCAACACCAGAAACAGCAACUGAUUUUUCUUUAGCCAUGGUACAGCCAGAUGGCUCAUACAAAUGCAAAGUCUGUGUUGAUUUUACCUGCACAGGUCCAAUACCAAUGGAGGCCCAUCUGAAGGGGAAAAGUCAUUUAAAGAAUUGGAAUAAAAGUCAUCUUGUCGAAAGUUUACCGUUUGAACAACUGAAUCUUUCUUCACCGAACCGAAUCGAUUCCAUUCCUAUUGAUUCAACGGCAGACGAGCGUGUUGAAAAGGCCUGGAACCAUCAAACAAUGUGUGGCUACAGCUACGAUGAAUGUUUUCCGUCGCUGUCUGUAGGGGAAAAGAUUGAAGUGCUUAAUCCGCAUUUUGCUUUCAUUGGCAAAGACGAUCCUAUGCCAAAUUUUAUUAAAUACUUGAGUAUGUGAUUUGAG